AUGGCAGUUCUCUAUCUCCAGCUUUCUUUCGCAAUUUUUACUUUAACUACAGUUGUUGGUGGAUAUAGAAGUAAGAAUGAACAAUAUUUUACUGUUGGUCGGGAAAUUGAGGAUGCAAAGUCAUACGAUUUCAUACGAGGUGAGUAACUGAUGUUUUUCUCCGUAAUGAGUCUUUCGCCCUCAGGAACAAAAUCUAAAUUUUUUAUUCAUCCCUUCUUGGUUUUCAAUUACAAAUUGUGCUCUUGAUUCUGAUCAAUAAAUAGGGCCACUGAGCCUGGUCUAAGCUUAGGGAUAUUUCGAUUGAGACAAAAGGAGAUCAAGUUCAAGCUGGGUGAUGUUGGAAAUAUUUAUCUUUGAAGUGAGCUGUCACAGGCUGUGGCUCGCCUACUUAGGUCUAUGGGUGUGUAAGAGAUUUGUAAGUUAUCGGGAGCAAUUUUAAAGCAGAAUGUAGAACUUUUCAAAUCUUCUAUAUGUCGGCAGACAAGUUAAAACAACGGCCUUCAUUAUUUGUCAGACUUUUCUGGCCAGAUCAAAGCGAGUUAAAUUAAUCAGGCAUUAAAUACAAACAAAUAUCGGUCCCUAGCAAACUUUUUGAAAGUCAUAUGUAAACAUCUAAAAUUUUCACUUGUUGCAGCAAAUUAUCAAUGAAUCCUAAUGAAUUUUCAUCUUCGAUUAAAACACUUCUGUCAGGAGGCUGUUCUCUAUUUACGAUGGGCAAUAAUAAGGGGAGGUACUACAAACAUUGAUUGGAUUUGUUCUAUUCGAACAACCAAAUAUUUACCAAUAAUCGCAAAGAAUUGCUUCAUCUAAAAGAGAGUUAAUGAAAGUUUCUCCUAUUUCAGUUUAUCUGGCAUUCGGCUAGAAUUUCGAAAGUGAAAUAUUUUUAUUUGGCUGAAUUAUCAUCAUGACGUCACAAUACUCCAAACAAAUAAGCUAUGGCGGAUUAGAGUAGAGUCCGUUUUCAUCCAAAACAGUGUUGACUCACACUCAAUUACGUCAAAAGUUUAAGGCGCUUUAGUAGUUUUAGUAGUGUAUGGUGGGUAUCGCGUCUGCUUUAGUUUAACUUAGAAGAAUUUCACGCUGGUCGCCGUAACUAAAUGCAACAGUUUCAUGAAUAAUACCUGCUGCAUAUAAUUUCCUUAAAAAAAAAACACGACUAAAAAUAUCAAUAUUUGGUUCAUAUAUUAUUCAACCUAUUUUAAAAGUGCAAUAGGAAAAUCGGUGCAAAUGCCCUAUAAUAUAAGAAAAACAUCUAUAACACGAUACAAGAAAAAAGUGACAUUAAAAAAUUAACCGUAAUGUUAAAACGAUUUAACCAAACAGACUGUCGGCGGACCUUAUUCAUAAUACUGUCCUGUUCUAGAUGAUUGCAGAUAGAUUGUCGACCACAAAUAUAACCCAUCUCUAAUCGACUUGAGAGUAGGUAAAGUGUAACAGGAAUAAACUAGAGACAUGAUGAUAGCACAUAUCACCAGUGGUAUUUAUUCAACCUAUUUUAAAAGUGUAACAGGAAAAUCUAAAUAAAAUGUUGUGCAUUUGCUUUAAAUGUUGCAUUAAGUGGUAAAGAGUUGACGUAACUGCCGAAAAAAAGGAUGCAAGUGGGAACGUAAAUUGUCUUCGAAACUUUCCGCUUUCCACCAUUUUGGAUUGGACCUUGACGUCAUGGGGUUGCCACUUUCGUCUUGAUACCUGACCUCCUGUGGUUUUGAGCCUCUGAGAGGCUUUUCAUGAUGGAAUUGGAAAUCAAAUGGCUUUUCAUUUAGAAUGAUAACUCGGUAGAAAAAUUAAAAUAUACAGUAUAUAAAUUUUUUUCUUUCAUAUCACCAAGUCCCCACUGUAACACUCGCAUUCAAAUUUAAUGUUAAGUGAGGGGCUCUAAUUACAACAUGGGAUGUGCCUGUUAAAAUAACUAACACGUUAUAUUGCACUUUGUGUCGUUAGAUUGCCAUAUUAAACAAUUCGUCAAAAUGAUACCCCAUCAAAUAAUCGACUUAUAUGAUUAAUUGCAGAUGAACGCUCCAGAUACGGCUAUUAUGAUGAAUAUGAAAGUCUAAUAGGCGAGGGUAUGUAAUUUCCUCUCAAAUCAUUCCGUUAUUGAACAUUCUGAGUCUCUUUUAUCCAACCAAACCGUUAAGAGAGAUAUACCGUCGUUCGCUCGACGGUACGGUGAGUAACUAAACACUAUUCUGUACGGAUGGAACGAAAAAAUUGGAAUUCAAUUUUAGCGAUAGAAAUACAAUCGAAGGAGGGAGGGGAGGGGGGAGAUGGCUCAAAGGGAGCCUUGGAAGCUGUCAAAGGGGAGCAAGGAUGACGCAGUCGUGAGAGCACAUGUGGCUUAAGUUUGUUGUUGGUUCUCGUCCAUGCUCCGAGGGUUUUUCUUCAGGUGCUCCGUUUAUUCUCCCUCCACAAAAACAAGAAGAACCACCUCGUGGAAUGUCCACUUUUAAAUCCCCUUUUUAUAAUUUGUAUUCCUUUUGAUCAGAUAAUCUAGCGUUCUUACUUUUUGCAGCUAAAAGGUCCAGAUACGUUGAUGAAGCGGAAGCUCUCAUAGCUGCGGGUAUGUAAGCAAUUCUUAUCUGUCCGUGCUGGAACAUGUUUGCUCCUUUUACAAAAUACCUAAAUUUAAAUGAUAUUAAAGAAGCCAUAUAUGACACAAAUAAAAAGUAGUACUGCGUAUAGGUAAAUGAAUUUGAUCUAAAGCAGUGCCUGUCCUCUUUAUUACGAUGAAACUACAGGGUAGGAAAACCUAGGUACGCGGCCACUCGCUUGCCAUAGGUUGAUUUCGAGAUAUUUUUCUUCUGGAGCGGUAUCAAGAGAACGGAUUUUGACGCUAAUGAUGAGGAUAAAUAAGCCUAGCUUACAUAAGACCACUAUCAAACGAGAUACCUAUCUAUAAAAUCCCCAAGAUAAAUUCACAGUGCCUGGUUUUGCUGUAGUGAAUCCAGGGAUAAGAUAGGUCUCUAUAUGAUAGAACUAAGCGCUGAUAAUAAUAGUGAUGACAACCGAAAAGCAUUACAGAGCAAAAUUUUGGAAAAUGUGUCUAGUACAAAGAUCCGUUCAAGUUGCAGGAAAAACCUUAUCUAAACGUCUCAAUGAAAUAACUAUAACAAAGCCCAUUAUCAUAAAGCCUGCCUAAAAAAACGUUUUGGUUCUAUGUAUCACAAGUUAAUGUCUUCCUUAAUCUCAAGGGGAGAAACAUUAGUAUUUUGUUAAUGACCGAUCGCCGCCGGUGCGAUGCACAUCUCUCUUGAUUGGUCUACCUCACGGUCACAACAUCUUAAAAAAUUCAACUUGAAUUUGAACUUCAGCUUUUUUAAGCUGGAAGUUUUUCUCCUUGCCAAAAUUUUUCGAUCGUAGACCAAGUUCGAUACUUCUUAGGCUAUCCUUGAUUCUUUGUGUUCUUCGGUCAAUUAAAUGUUUUCCCUCGCGCGUCGGAGAGAGUGACUCGCAUUACUGAAUCUUUAUGCAUCUCCUUCAAAUCAUUUAUGUUUUCUAAUUACAGAUGAAGACGAAAUUGAAGAGCUUUCUUGUUUAGAAAACCCGUGUAGGUACGGGGGAACAUGCGUCGUCACUUCCUGUGGCAGUUACGAGUGCAAAUGCCGGCCGGGUUUCUCAGGAAAGCAUUGUGACUGCGGUAAGCUACAUUAUUACUUUGUAAUGUGGUCUGUUUUGCAAAUCUAUGGUUGAAAUGAAAGAGGUUUAAGUAUGAUUAAAAAAUAAAAAAUUUUUAUUUAGCCCAUAUGAAUUCAGAAAAUUUUUCCCUGGAGUAAGCCCUACUCCCACCCCCCUGAUGAGAUUGAACAGACAACUUGUAGAAAUCAUUCAUACCACUGAGGACAAGGGCACAGUGUUCCUAUUACAAUUUAUCAUAGCUAUAAAUUAAAUUAAAACUGACGUGAGCACCUGACCUAGUUAAUAAUUAGAGCGUGUUCCAUUUCAGCCCGAUGAAGGCACUCUAAGAAUGAAACUUUUGCUAAUUUUGGGAAUUUAUGUGAAUAUUUGUUAAAUGUCCAAUUUUAACUCAAAGUUCUGUUUGUGAAAGUACGUUCGAUUGUGUUUUCACAUUUGGGAACCAGGGUGGGGACAGUGGGGAAAGCGUUUGCCUUCCACCACAGUUGGCCAAGGUCAAUUCUUUGGAGUCACAUUGAAGUUGAGGUUAAGUUUUAUUGGCUUUUUCUCUCCCUUGCCACGUUGUUAUCCAAUAUACCUUCCUUCACAAAAACCAAUAGUCUAACUUCUAAGCAAUUCGGCUUUGAUACAACUAACAAAAAGCCACCUACACCUUUCCUCUCCUCCCCUCCCCACUAACGUGUAAGCUCAAUUUCAUGAUUGCAUGUUUCAUUCAUACAAUGGCUCAUCGUUUUCUAAAAUUAUGUCAUUCUGUUCUAUUUUUCAGUUGUCAAAGAGUGCGAUUUUGACAAAAAUCCGUGUCGCCACAAUGCAACCUGUAUUGACAUGGGUUCAGACUAUAUCUGCAAAUGUCCAUCGGGUAUCAAAGGAAGACAUUGUGAGAUUGGUGAGCUAAGACAAAAAGCAUUAAUUAAUUUCAUGUUAAAAUCCAAUUACGUCACGAGAUUGAAUAUUGCACCACCAAAACUAGGGAAUAACCGCUACAUAUUCGCGAAAGUUCACACCCGCCAAGAACGUUGGGAGAAAAAAAAGAGAGCGUGGUGACACAGGAGGGGUGGGGGAAGCUGAAUCACGUUCACAAAAAGUAUAUUAAUAAAAAGAAAUCAAAAAAUCAAAAUUCCUCCCUUUGUAUUCUUUUCGUAUUCACGCGCAGCGCACAUGAUUUCGCAAAUUAGCAAAUCACGUCAAAGAACUCUAACCUUGACAUUGGAAAACUGACGUGGACAUUUUCGCCUACUUUUGUUUGUUCCGCGGAGUUUUAGUUAGUUUUUUUGAGCUUUCGUUCGCGGAAAUUUGUUUCCCCUCUGUUUGGAAUUUUAUGGAGUUGCAGAGUUUUUUACUUUAGCCAAAUGUUGUGGUUCAUUUAACGAGUUUAAUUGAUUAAUUAAUUAAUUAAUAAUAAUUCAUAAUUAAUUAAUAAUAAUAUUUCAUUCGGAGUUUGGACUCUAGCCUCUUUUUUGGCUCAAUCCAUUCCCCACAACAGUUGACAGCUACCCCAACAUGAGUUACAUGUUUUAAGGUGGUUAAGAGAAUUAUUUGCUUUGUAAAAUUUUUUUUAAUCUCUCUUUAGACAUCGAUGAAUGUGAUGCCUUGGCGUGUUCCAACGAAGCUACUUGCAUCAACACUGUCGGAAGUUACAUGUGCAAGUGUAGACCUGGAUUUAAAGGAAAGACGUGCUGUUCAGGUAAUUUAGCAGUGUCUUAUUAUUAUAGAGAAAUAGGAACUUGGAAGAAGAAAGAUACUGAAUUUAUUUUUCACGUAUAGAAAGAAAAAUAAAAACCAGGGAGAUGGACUGUACCCACGAAGACGAAAACACGCGUGUGGCUUGAAACGGAAGCUUUGUCGCGAAAUUUAUGACUCUUCUCCAAAUACAAAAUUUGCUCAUCAUUCCAGGCACAAUUUUUAAAUUAGGCCUUUGAAUGCCAAUAGAAUAUGUUCUCUCAAUCUUUCUGAUUCAUUGUGUAAUCAGAAGGCACUGAUAUGGUUGAAGUUUACAAUCCACACAAUCAAGUUUACUCGCUCCUAACCUGCUUUCCCGAAAAAAAAAACCCAUUCCUUUUAUACCUUCACAAAAAUUUUAUACCCCUCUGUCGUUUCAGAUAUCAACGAAUGUGAGUCGUCAGACGGCGAUCCUUGUGAAAAUGGGGGAACUUGUGAGAACACUUAUGGCAGCUUUUGGUGUGCAUGUCCCAGUGGGUUUGUUGGAAAACGUUGCGAACGCGGUAAGUCCAGAUCAGCGAUAUUCUUUUUGAAAUAGGAAUUUCAAAGCGUAAAUGCUCCAUGUAGCAUACAGUCUAUUUUAUCCAAACUGGUAGCCGAUAUUGAAUAUCUAUGAUGAAGUGGAAAUGUAUCCAUCAGUCUUUUCGUCUCUCUUUUCCUUGCAAGCUGAAGCCAUAGAAAAGGUGUUAGAGGCACAUAGCAGGGGUUCGUAGGGUUGGACAAGAUACCCUGGGAACUAGGGUGAUUGUCGAUAGAAAGAGAGGACAUUGUCCAAAUAUUACGAACUGGGAAUUUGAACUACGUAACAACGGACAACCUGAAUUCGUUCAUAUUUCAAUUUUCGGCUGCCACUUUGGAAAUUGAUAUAUUGGCUAAGAAUAACUACGCUCUUGCGUAUCUUACAUCCUUAUUCCAGCGCCUUCGAUGACAGCUUUGGUAUCAUUUUCUAAUGCGCUUCAUACAACAUCAAACAUUACUGGUAACUAACCGCUCUCUGCUUUGCAGAUCGUAAUGAAUGUGUUGAUUGGCCAUGUGAGAAUGGUGGAAAGUGUAUCAAUACCAGAGGAAGCUAUGAGUGCUCUUGCCCAGAAACUUAUCAGGGAGAGCAUUGCGAGCGAGGUAACCGCCCAGCUGUUAACAUUGAAUAACAAAACUUUAUAUUCCUAACAUGCAACCCUAUCAAGAUCCACUUCUAUGCUAAAUUAGUUUCUUCCAUACACGACGCAUCGUGAACCUUCUUGCUCAUUGUUUAACUGGGAUGCGAUCAAUUUUACUUUGACUGCGUUACUGCCUAAAAAUUUGCUUUGGAAUGUUGCUGGCUCGACAGCUUUCCGCAAAUGUGACACAGAUGCCUCAAGAAACAUUUCCAUAAUGCCCCGAAUAGAUAACAGGCUAGAUAAAAAAUUUUCCGCGGCUAAGACGUUCAUAAUGAAUAAUUCUUGAGAUAUUUUCAAAAAUUUAUACAGAUGUAGAUGAGUGUCUCACAAACAACCCUUGCAAGAAUGGAGCAACAUGUACCAAUUUACCCGGAGACUACAAGUGUGAUUGUCCAAAGGGAUGGGAAGGGAAAAAUUGCGACCAAGGUGAGUUUGCUUUUCUCCAUUCUCGUACCCCUCCGGUUUGAUAAAAGGUAUCUUCCUGGUUCUAUCGGUUAUGUCCAUAUGUACGCAUGUGCAUUACUGCUCCACCUAUAUGGAGUUCUCAACCGUAAGCAGGUUUUUAUCUAGCAUUUCGUGAGGCGUUCCCAGUAUUUUGCUGCUACCCAAGUGCGUUCCUGAUUGGAGAGAGGCACUGUGACAGUUUAUUUUCGAGUCUAAGAACUCAGCACGUUGACUCUAGCCGAGGCUCUCACCUCAUCACACAUUUUAUUUAGGCGUGGAACCUAAGUAUAUAAUUUGUAGCUGGAAUGGAGAGAGCGUAAUUCCACAGAAAUACUAAGCUACUUGAAGAACGGCCGUUGUAGAUAGAUAUCUAAAAUACUGAUCGGUGUUAAGGCUCAGUAGUCUCCGAUAAAAUUGCUAAGGUAUCAUAUCAGGAAUCCGUUGCUGUCUUUGACCCGGCGCAUUCAGUAUGAUCGCUGUAGACAACUGCAUUUCUCCUUUUUUUUUUUUUUUUUAAUCAAACAGCUAUUUAUAAUCGACAUAAAUGGGUAAUCUUAUCCUUAUUGUGAUGGAUCAUAAACUAUAGUGACAUGGACGUACAAAUGGCUAAAUUUGAGAGCUCUAGACUAUAAUCAAAUCAGUCAGUCUUGCCCAUUCAUACCUGACUGAAUUCAUCUUCGAUUCACAGAUGUUAACGAAUGUACUUCCACUCCAUGUAAAAAUGGCGGUACAUGCGUCAACCUACACGGCAGCUUCGAAUGUCUCUGUACAUACCAACAUUCUGGUGUUCUUUGCGAACAAGGUAAGAUCGAUUAUUUGCGAGGUGUUGAUGAAAAAGGAGAGCCUGAGCCAGUGGAGACUCGAGUUCUCAGGCCUCUGUAAUUGAAGGAGAAGAAAUCCUAAGGAAAACACCCUUCAAUCCAGUACGGUUCUAUGGCAGCUCCAAACUUCGUAUCCUUUCAUUUAAUACCUUUCCCCGUUUGAAUUCACCCAUUGCUGUUCUUCUUAUGCACAAAAAGAAUGUUACGAAAUCUUCAAUCGCAUGAAGUUUCUAGGCUGUCAGGACACACUCGUAUAACGUGAUCCAGGCAAAAGCUUCAGCGUUUACCCUUCUUUGCCUUUACACAGCAUGCAAUGCAGCCCUCGGCAUGGAGAGCGGCGCCAUCCUGGAUGAACAGAUCAUUGCUUCUUCAGAAUAUGAUGGAAAUCAUGCUGCUAAGCAAGGCAGGUUGAACUUCCUAGCGGUCCCAGGUAAAGCAGGAAGCUGGUCAUCUCGCACAAAUGACGCCAAUCAAUGGAUACAAGUAAAACUUCCCAGCAACACAAAAAUAUCUCGUUUAUCGACGCAAGGAAGAAAUGCAUUCAAUCAGUGGGUUACAAAAUACCAGCUAAUGUACAGUGAAGAUGGACUCAACUUCCAUUAUUAUCAUGAGCGAGGGCAGAGCUCACCUAAGGUACAAAUCUUUGAUAAAGAGAUUGAGUUCCGUCAACACACACGAGAAAUCCUUUUGGAAAAUAUUUGUUACGUUAAACAAGUGAUUUGCCGUUAUUAACUCCAUUCACGUCUGCUAGGAAUUUCAAGGCAACAGUGACAGUGAAACUAUUGUAUAUCACGAGUUGAACCCGCCUAUUGAAGCACGCUAUGUUAGACUUCGUCCUACAGCCUGGCACAACCACAUAUCCUUGCGAAUGGAACUGUACGGAUGCGAAGGUAUUCUUAAAUAAGUUUCCUCAUUACAUGCCUUUGACGAAAUGCGUUUAUUAGGUUUCUAAUUUUAAAACUGAUCAGAGUUUCCAUUUCAAAAACCCUUGACUCUUUGUACUUUUUAUUUAAAUUUUUACAGUUUGUGUUCAAGCACUUGGAAUGGAGAGCGGGGAUAUCGUAGAUGCCCAGAUCACUGCUUCUUCAGAAUUUAAUGGAAAUCAUGCUGCUACGCAAGGCAGGUUGAACUUCCUAGCCGUCCCAGGUAAAGCAGGAAGCUGGUCAGCUCGCACAAACGACGUCAAUCAAUGGCUACAAAUAAAACUUCCCGGAUACACAAAGAUAACCCGGUUUGCGACGCAGGGAAGAAAUGCAUUCAAUCAGUGGGUAACACAAUACAAGUUGGAGUACAGCGAGGACGGUGUAACUUUUCACUAUUACCAUGAACCAGGCCAGAGUGCACCUAAGGUACUAUGCUAUGACAUGCGUACAUUGUUACAAAAUGAAAAAAACCCUUUUAGAACGACGUACAAGAAUCAAUAAUAGACGCAACGCGGAGGCAACUGGGGGUUCGUUCCCAACGCGCACGCACUCGAAAUGACUACUUAAAUGUGAACAAAGCAAGAUUUUCCCGAAUUAUUUUGUUCUCUCAAAAAGAAAAGAAAAUUGACUUGCCAAAAGAUGUACCCCUGAAACUUUCCGAACCGAAAGUGGGUAUUGAUUUUGACAUUUGGAGAUUAUUUACUGAGGAUAUUUCUUAUAUAAUAAUUGUCUAAACUGUGUUAGAGCUUAUUUCUGAUUCGUUUCCAUUUCCAAUAAUUAUAUUCUUGCAAGGGCAUGUAAGCACACGACCUCUUUCUUAGUUAAGAGGGUGUCUCUCACAAAUCCCAUCCAAUAACCUCUGGUGAGGGCUAAACUCAAAGAGAGGAGAACAAAAGAAAAUGUGAUUGGAGGUCGUCUUGGCAAUAACAUUUUGCGACCAGUGCAGAGAGUUGAUAUUUGUAUCUUAGGUGUUAAUCGAUUUACUUGCUCGAUUCUUUCUUUAUUCAAAGAUAUUUCAUGGAAACACGGAUAGUAACACUAUUGUGACCCAUGAAUUGCUUCCUCCCAUCCAAGCACUGUACAUCAGGCUUCGUCCUACAACUUGGUUCAAUCAUAUAUCAAUGAGGAUGGAGAUCUACGGAUGUCCAGGUAAUGUUUUGAUCACGCAUAGAGGCUCUACUCUCUAUAUAUUUUCCAUUCAUGAGGAACUUUAACUUAAACAGAGUGAAAUUCUUUUAAGUUAUUUCAUUUAAUUUUUAGCAUUAAUCAGUGUUCUUAUUACAAAGCUCUCGCCUCUUUUUAUUUUGAAUAAUUACAGCAUGCACAAAACCACUUGGUAUGGAGAGCGGUGCCAUCUUGGAUGCACAGAUUACUGCUUCUUCAGAAUUUAAUGGAAAUCAUGCUGCUACGCAAGGCAGGUUGAACUUCCUAGCCGUCCCAGGUAAAGCAGGAAGCUGGUCAGCUCGCACAAACGACGUCAAUCAAUGGAUACAAAUAAAGUUUCCCGGAUACACAAAGAUAACUCAGUUCGCCACACAGGGAAGAAAUGCAUUCAAUCAGUGGGUAACGCAGUACAAGUUAGAGUACAGCGAGGAUGGUGUGACUUUUCAUUAUUACCAUGAACCGGGCCAGAGUGCACCUAAGGUAUUAGGGCUUGUUUAUUACGUCAUAGAAAAAUGCACAAAAUCACUUUAGAGCGGUGUAUAAAAGUUAUGAGAGGUGCGAGUCUGGGAAGGCGCUUAAGAAGUCCUAUUGAGCCUGGAACGAGUCUCUGUCAAGCCUCGUCCUUGCGCCGUAGUACUCGUGGAGGCUACUAAAUUGUAUAAACAGCGAAACUCUAUCAACCCAGUUUUUAUUAGUCUACCAAAACGUUUAAAAAUCGAAAUAAACUUGUUAUUCUUUGAAACAAAAAUUUGCCAGUGAUUUCGAUCACUGUAAAUGAUCUAGUGGAAAUAUUUUGGAAAUCCUUUUUAUCCUGUUUCCAUCUCGCUUUCCAUUUCUUGCAAAUAGGUUAAAACACGGCACCAAUGUCUUAAGAAGGUGAUCGUUUGCAACUCCUCUAGAAUAAAACCAUUUUUAUCCUCAGCCGCCAUCGCACUAAGAGUGGAGAGAAGAAAGGAAAAUAUCGACUCGGGAACAAUUAUUCUUUGAGCUAAUAUCAUAAAAAAUGAACGGCAGUCAAAACAGAUCAUUGAUUGCUAACCUCGAUAUUUGCCUUUGUUUUAGGAAUUUGUUGGUAAUACAGACAGUAACACUAUUGUGACCCAUGAGUUGUUUCCUCCCAUCCAAGCACACUAUAUAAGGCUUCGUCCUUCUACGUGGGUUAAUCAUAUAUCAUUGAGAAUGGAAGUCUACGGAUGUCGAGGUAAUGUUGUGACCACGAUUAAAAGUAUUGCUUGUUGCGUCUCAUUUAUGAAAGACUUUUUUAUCUAACUGCAAAAUUGGAAAAAAACCUUUAAAUUUCUAUGCUCACUUCCUUUAGGUUGUUACUCAGAGUCGUCAUAUCAUAAAAACCUUUUCUCAUUUCAUUUUAAAUCACGACAGCAUGCGUUCAAGCACUUGGUAUGGAAAACGGUGACAUCAAAGAUGCUCAGAUAACCGCUUCUUCAGAAUUUGAUGGAAAUCAUGCUGCUACGCAAGGCAGGUUGAACUUCCUAGCCGUCCCAGGUAAAGCAGGAAGCUGGUCAGCUCGCACAAAUGACGUCAAUCAAUGGAUACAAGUUAAACUUCCCGGAUACACAAAGAUAACCAGGUUUGCAACGCAAGGAAGAAAUGCAUUCAAUCAGUGGGUAAAGCAGUACAAGUUAGAGUACAGCGAGGACGGUGUGUCUUUUCAUUAUUACCAUGAACCGGGCCAGAGUGCAGCUAAGGUACUAAGACGUUUACAACGUUAUAAUAAUACAAACAACCUCUUCGGCGACGCACUAAAAUUGGUAAUACACAUUCUGGGAGCCACACGGAGGCAACAAGGGGCUUCUUUAAAGUGUUUUUCCAAAGUGUUAGUCCUCGUGAUGUCUACUUAAAUGUAAACAAAGCGAGAUUCUACCGAAUCUAUAAGUCCUUUCAAAAAACACAAACUUACAAACUAACGUUUUCAAACGGAUAUGCCCCUUAAAAUGGGCAGUAAUUUGGCAUUUUGAGACUAUUUCCUGAGUAUAUAACUUGUGUAAUAAUGGUUAUCUUUACUGUGUUGGAACUUAUCCCUGAUUCGUUUCCUUCUUCAGUAAUCAUAUUCUUGUAAGGGUAUGUAAGCACGGUACCUCUUUCUUAAUUAAGAGGAUGAUCUUUGAUAAAUCCCAUGUACCAACCCCUAGUGGGGACGAAACUUAAAGAGAGGAGAACCAAAAAAAUGCGAUUGGAGAUAGUCUUCGUAAUAACAUCUUGCGACCAGGCAGGGAGCUGAUAUUUGUAUUUUAGGUGUUAAUCGAUUUACUUGCUCCAUUUUUUCUUUGUUCAUAGAUAUUUCAUGGAAACACGGAUAGUAACACUAUUGUGACCCAUGAAUUGCUUCCUCCCAUCCAAGCACUUUACAUCAGGCUUCGUCCUACUGCUUGGUUCAAUCAUAUAUCAAUGAGAAUGGAGAUCUACGGAUGUCCAGGUAAAAUUUUGAUCACGCAUAGAGGCUCUACUCCAUAUAUAUUUUCCAUUCAUGAGGAACUCUACCGUAACAGUGUGAAAUUAUUUUAAGUUCUUUUCUUUAUUUUUUAGCCUUUAUUAGUGUUCUUACAACAAAGCUCUCGUCUCUUUUUAUUUUUAAUUAUUACAGCAUGCGCUAAACCACUUGGUAUGGAGAGCGGCGCCAUCUUGGAUGCACAGAUUACUGCAUCUUCAGAAUUUAAUGGAAAUCAUGCUGCUACGCAAGGCAGGUUGAACUUCCUAGCGGUCCCAGGUAAAGCAGGAAGCUGGUCAUCUCGCACAAAUGACGUCAAUCAAUGGAUACAAGUAAAACUUCCCGGAUACACAAGGAUAACCAGGUUUGCGACACAAGGAAGAAAUGCAUUUAACCAAUGGGUAACGCAGUACAAGUUAGAGUACAGCGAGGACGGUGUGACUUUUCAUUAUUACCAUGAACUAGGCCAGAGUGGAGCUAAGGUACUAUGACAUGUUUACAACGUUAUAAAAGUGCAAACAACCUUUACAGCGACGCGCAAAAAUUGAUAAUAUAGGCUUUAGAAGCCACACGAAGGCAACAAGGGGCAUUCCUGAAGCGUUUUCCCAACACGUCAGUCCUCGUGAUGUCUAUUUAAAUGCGAACAAGGGCAGAUUUUACCGAAUCUCUCUGUCCUUUAACAAAACACAACCUUACAAACUAAAGUUUUGAAACGGAUAUACCCCUUAAAAGUAAGCAGUGAUUUUAACAUUUUAAGAUUAUUUACUGGGCAUAUAACUUGUAUUAUAAUACUCUUAACCGUGUUGGAACUUAUCUUAGACAUGUUUUCAUCUCCAGUAAUCAUAUUCUUUCAAGGACAUGAAAGCACGCGACCACUUUCUUAAUGAAAAGAUUAUUUUUCAUAAAUCCCAUGCAACAAACCCAGGUGGGGGACUAAACUAAAGGAGAAGAGAACAAAAGAAAAUGUGAUUGGAAGUAGUCUUGGUAAUAACAUUUUGCGACCAGUGCAGAGAGUUGAUGUUUGCGUCUUAGGUGUAAAUCGAUUUACUUGCUCCAUUUUUUCUUUAUUCAUAGAUAUUUCAUGGAAACACGGAUAGUAACACUAUUGUGACCCAUGAAUUGCUUCCUCCCAUCCAAGCACUUUACAUCAGGCUUCGUCCUACUGCUUGGUUCAAUCAUAUAUCAAUGAGGAUGGAGAUCUACGGAUGUCCAGGUAACGUUUUGAUCACGCAUAGAGGCUCUACUCUAUUUAUAUUUUCCAUUUAUAAGGAGUUUUAACUAAACCGAGUGAAAUUCUUAAGUUAUUUUCUUUAAUUUUAAGCAUUAAUGAGUGAUCUUAUCACAAAGCUCUCGUCUCUUUUUAUUUUCAAUAUUACAGCGUGCACAAAACCACUUGGUAUGGAGAGCGGCAGCAUUUUGGAUGCACAGAUUACUGCAUCCUCAGAAUUUAAUGGAAAUCAUGCUGCUACGCAAGGCAGGUUGAACUUCCUAGCCGUCCCAGGUAAAGCAGGAAGCUGGUCAGCACGCACAAAUGACAUCAAUCAAUGGAUACAAGUAAAACUUCCCGGAUACACAAAGAUAACUCAGUUCGCCACACAGGGAAGAAAUGCAUUCAACCAGUGGGUAACGAAGUACAAGUUAGAGUACAGCGAGGACGGUGUGACGUUUCAUUAUUACCAUGAACCAGGCCAGAGUGUAGCUAAGGUACUAUGAUAUGCUUACAACGUUAUAAAAAUACAAACAACCUUUACAGUGACGCACUAAAACUGAUAAUAUACACUCUAGAAGCCACGCGGAGGCAACGAGAAGCUUCUUUAAAGCAUUUUCCUUACACGUAAGUCAUCGUGAUGACUACUUAAAUGUGAACAAAGCGAGAUUUUAAUGAAUUUAUUUGUCCUUUCAAAAAAAAUAAAACUUACAAACUAAAGUUUUCAAACGGAUAUACCCCUUAAAAGUGGGCAGUGAUUAUGACAUUAAGAGAUUAUUAACUGAGCAUAUAACUUGUAUAAUAAUAUUCUUAACUGUGUUGGAACUUAUCUGUGAUUCGUUUCCAUCUUCAGUAAUCAUAUUCUUGCAAGGGCAUUUAAGCACGCGACUUUUUUCUUAAUUAAGAGAGUUGUCUUUCAUUAAUCCCAUGCAACAACCCCAGGUGGGAGACUAAACUCAAAGAGAGGAGAACAAAAGAAAAUGUGAUUGGAGAUAAUCUUGGCAAUAACCUUUUGCGACCAGUGCAGAGAGCUGAUAUUUGUAUCUUAGGUGUUAAUCGAUUUAGUUGCUCAAUUCUUUCUUUAUUCAUAGAUCUUUCAUGGAAACACGGAUAGUAACACUAUUGUGACCCAUGAAUUGCUUCCUCCCAUCCAAGCACUGUACAUCAGGCUUCGUCCUACUGCUUGGUUCAAUCAUAUAUCAAUGAGGAUGGAGAUCUACGGAUGUCCAGGUAAUGUUUUGAUCACGCAUAGAGGCUCUACUCUAUAUAUAUUUUCCAUUCAUGAGGAACUUUAACUUAAACAGAGUGAAAUUCUCAAGUUAUUUUCUUUAGUUUUUAGCAUUAAUCAGUGUUCUUAUUACAAAGCUCUCGUUUCUUUUCGUUUUGAAUUAUUACAGCGUGCGCUAAACCACUUGGUAUGGAGAGCGGCGCCAUCUUGGAUGCACAGAUUACUGCAUCCUCAGAAUUUAAUGGAAAUCAUGCUGCUAAGCAAGGCAGGUUGAACUUCCUAGCCGUCCCAGGUAAAGCAGGAAGCUGGUCAGCUCGCACAAACGACGUCAAUCAAUGGAUAGAAGUAAAACUUCCCGGAUACAAAGGAUAACCAGGUUUGCAACGCAAGGAAGAAAUGCAUUCAACCAGUGGGUAACGAAGUACAAGUUAGAGUACAGCGAGGACGGUGUAACUUUUCAUUAUUACCAUGAACCAGGCCAGAGUGCUGCUAAGGUACUAUUACAUGCUUACAAGGUUAUAAAAAUACAAACAACCUUUACAACGACGCGCAAAAAUUGAUAAUAUAGGCUCUAGAAGCCAUAUGGAGGCAACAAGGGGCUUUCCAGAAGCGUUUUCCCAACGCGUCAGUCAUCGUGAUAACUACUUAAAUGCGAACAAGGGCAGAUUUUUUACUGAAUCUCUUGUCCUUUAACAUAACACAACCUUACAAAGUAACGUUUUGAAACGGAUAUACCCCUUAAAAGUAAGCAGUGAUUUUAACAUUUUAAGAUUAUUUACUGGGCAUAUAACUUGUAUUGUAAUACCCUUAACUGUGUUGGAACUUAUCUUAGACAUGUUUUCAUCUCCAGUAAUCAUAUUCUUUCAAGGGCAUGUAGGCACGCGACCACUUUCUUAAUUAAAAGAUUAUUUUCAUAAAUCUCACGCAACAGCCCCAGGUGGGGGCUAGACUCAAAGAGAGGUGAACAAAAAAAGGUGCGACUGGAGAUUGUCUUGGUAAUAACAUUUUGCGACCAGUGCUGAGCGUUGAUAUUUGCAUCUUAGGUGUUAAUCGAUUUACUUGCUCCAUUUUUUCUUUAUUCAUAGAUAUUUCAUGGAAACACGGAUAGUAACACUAUUGUGACCCAUGAAUUGCUUCCUCCCAUCCAAGCACUUUACAUCCGGCUUCGUCCUACUGCUUGGUUCAAUCAUAUAUCAAUGAGGAUGGAGAUCUACGGAUGUCCAGGUAAUAUUUUGAUCACGCACAAAGGUUUAACUCCUUAUAUAUUUUCUAUUUAUGAGGAGCUUUUAUUAAACAGAGUGAAAUUCUAAAGUUAUUUUCUUUAAUUUUUAGCAUUAAUCAGUGUUCUUAUUACAAAGCUUUCGUCUCUUUUUAUUUUGAAUUAUUACAGCAUGCGCUAAACCACUUGGUAUGGAGAGUGGCGCCAUCUUGGAUGCACAGAUUACUGCAUCCUCAGAAUUUAAUGGAAAUCAUGCUGCUACGCAAGGCAGGUUGAACUUCCUAGCCGUCCCAGGUAAAGCAGGAAGCUGGUCAUCUCGCACAAAUGACGUCAAUCAAUGGAUACAAGUAAAACUUCCCGGAUACACAAAGAUAACUCAGUUCGCCACACAGGGAAGAAAUGCAUUCAACCAGUGGGUAACGAAGUACAAGUUAGAGUACAGCGAGGACGGUGUGACGUUUCAUUAUUACCAUGAACCAGGCCAGAGUGCAGCUAAGGUACUUUGACACGGUUACAACGUUAAAAAAGUAUAAACAACCUUUACCGCGAUGCCCUAAAAUUGAUAAUAUACGCUCUAGAAGCCAUGUGGAGGCAGCGAGGGUCUUCUUAAAAUUGUUUUUCCCGACGCGUCAGUCUUCGCGAUGUCUACUUAAAUUUGAACAAAUCAAAAUUUUACUGAAUUUAUUUGUCCUUUCAAAAAAAAAAAACUUACGAACUAACGUAUUGAAACGGAUAUACCCCUUAAAAGUGGGCAGUGAUUUUGACAAUUUGGAGAUUGUUUACUGAGGAUAUAACAUGUAUCAUAAUAGUCUUACCUGUGUUGGAACUUAUCUGAAUUCGUUUCCAUCUUCAGUAAUCAUAUUCUUGAAAGGCAUUUAGGCACGCGACUUCUUUCUUAAUUAACAGGGUUAUUUUUUAUUUAUCCCAUGCAACAACCCCUGGUGGGGACUAAACUCAAAGAGAGGAGAACAAAAGAAAAUGUGAUUGGAGAUAAUCUUGGAAAUAACAUUUUGCGACCAGUGCAGAGAGUUGAUAUUUGUGUUUUAGGUGUUAAUGGAUUAACUCGCUGGAUUUUUUCUUUAUUCAAAGAUAUUUCAUGGAAACACGGAUAGUAACACUAUUGUGACCCAUGAAUUGCUUCCUCCCAUCCAAGCACUAUACAUCAGGCUUCGUCCUACUGCUUGGUUCAAUCAUAUAUCGAUGAGGAUGGAGAUCUACGGAUGUCCAGGUAAUAUUUUGAUCACACAUAGAGGCUCUACUCUAUAAAUUUUCCACUUAGAAGGCGAUUUAACUAAACAAAUUGAAAUUCUUAAGUUAUUUUUUUUCACUUUUAACGUAAAUCAGUGUUCUUAUUACAAAGCUCUCGUCUCCUUUUAUUUUGAAUUAUUACAGCAUGCGCUAAACCACUUGGUAUGGAGAGUGGCGCCAUCUUGGAUGCACAGAUUACUGCUUCUUCAGAAUUUAAUGGAAAUCAUGCUGCUAAGCAAGGCAGGUUGAACUUCCUAGCGGUCCCAGGUAAAGCAGGAAGUUGGUCAGCUCGCACAAAUGACGUCAAUCAAUGGAUACAAGUAAAACUUCCCGGAUACACAAGGAUAACCAGGUUUGCGACGCAAGGAAGAAAUGCAUUCAACCAGUGGGUAACGCAGUACAAGUUAGAGUACAGCGAGGACGGUGUGACGUUUCAUUAUUACCAUGAACCAGGCCAGAGCGCAGCUAAGGUACUAGGACAUAUUUACCAGGUUAUAAAAAUACAAACAAACUUUACAGCGACGCACCAAAAUUGAUAAUAUAGGCUCUAGAAGCCAUGCGGAGGCAACUAGGAGCUUCCUUAAAGCAUUUUCCCAACGCGUCAGUCCUCGUGAUGUCUACUUAAAUGUGAACAAAGCGAAAUUUUAUCGAAUCAUGUGUCCUUUCAAAAGACACAAACUUACUAACUAACGUUUUGAAACGGAUAUACCCCUUAAAAGUGAACAGUAAUCUUGAUAUUUGCAGAUUAUUUACUGAGAAUAUUUCUUAUAUGAUAAUUAUCUUAACUGUGUUAGAGCUUAUUUCCGAUUCGUUUCCAUUCCUAGUAGUUAUAUUCUUGCAAGGGCAUGUGAGCACGCGACCUCUUUCUUAAUUUAGAGGGUGAUUUUGCAUAAAUCCCAUGCAACAACCUCAGGUGGGGGCUAAACUCAAAGAGAGGAGAACAAAAGAAAUGUUAUUGGAGAUAAUCUUGGUAAUAACAUUUUGCGAGCAGUGAAGAGAGUUGAUAUUUUCGUCUUAGGUGUUAAUCGAUUAACUCGCUAGAUUUUUUCUUUAUUUAAAGAUAUUUCGUGGAAACAGGGAUAGUAACACCAUUGUGACCCAUGAAUUGCUUCCUCCCAUCCAAGCACUGUACAUCAGGCUUCGUCCUACUUCUUGGUUCAAUCAUAUAUCAAUGAGGAUGGAGAUCUUUGGAUGUCCAGGUAAAAUUUUGAUCACGCAUAGAGGCUCUACUCUCAAUAUAUUUUCCAUUUAGGAGGCGCUUUAACUAAAUAGAGUGAAAUUCUUAAGAUAUUUUCUUUAAUUUUCAGUAGAAAUCAUUGUUCUUAUUACAAAGCUUUGGUCUUCUUUUAUUUUAAAUUAUUACAGCAUGCGCUAAACCACUUGGUAUGGAGAGUGGCGCCAUCUUGGAUGCACAGAUUACUGCAUCCUCAGAAUUUAAUGGAAAUCAUGCUGCUACGCAAGGCAGGUUGAACUUCUUAGCCGUCCUAGGUAAAGCAGGAAGCUGGUCAUCUCGCACAAAUGACGUCAAUCAAUGGAUACAAGUAAAACUUCCCGGAUAUACAAAGAUAACCCGGUUCGCGACGCAAGGAAGAAAUGCAUUCAACCAGUGGGUAACGAAGUACAAGUUAGAGUACAGCGAGGACGGUGUGACGUUUCAUUAUUACCAUGAACCAGGCCAGAGUGCAGCUAAGGUACUAUUACAUGUUUACAAGGUUAUAAAAAUACAAACAACCUUUCAAGCGACGCACCAAAAUUCAUAAUACACGCUCUAGAAGCCACGCGGAGGCAACGAGGGGCAUCUUUAAAGUGUUUACCAAACGCGUCAGUCCUUGUGAUGUCUACUUAAAUGUGAACAAUGGCAGUUUUUACUGAAUCCCUCUGUCCCUUAACAAAACACAAACUUACAAAGUAACGUUUUGAAACGGAUAUACCACCUAAAAGUAAGCAGUAAUUUUGACACUUGGAGAUUAUUUCCUGAGUACCUAACUUGUAUAAUAAUAAUUAUAAUAAUAAUAAUAAUAAUCUUAACUGUGUUGGAACUUAUCUCUGAUUCGUUUCCAACUUCAGUAAUCAUAUUCUUGCAAGGACAUGUAAGUACGCGACCUCUUCCUUAAUUAAGAGGGUGAUCUUUCAUAAAUCCCAUGCAACAACCUCUGGUGAGGGCUAAACUCAAAGAGAGGUGAACAAAAGAAAAUGUAAUUGGAGAUUGUCCUGGUAAUAACAUUUUGCAGCCAGUGCAAAGAGUUGAUAUUUAUGUCUUAGGUGUUUAUCGAUUUACUUCCUCGAUUUUUUCUCUAUUUAUAGAUAUUUCAUGGAAACACGGAUAGUAACACUAUUGUGACCCAUGAAUUGCUUCCUCCCAUCCAAGCACUGUACAUCAGGCUUCGUCCUACUGCUUGGUUCAAUCAUAUAUCAAUGAGGAUGGAGAUCUACGGAUGUCCAGGUAAUAUUUUGAUCACGCACAAAGGUUUAACUCCUUAUAUAUUUUCUAUUCAUGAGGAGCUUUUAUUAAACAGAGUGAAAUUCUAAAGUUAUUUUCUUUAACUUUCAGCGUAAAUCAGUGUUCUUAUUACAAAGCUCUCGUCUCUUUUUACUUUGAAUUAUUACAGCAUGCGCUAAACCACUUGGUAUGGAGAGUGGCGCCAUCUUGGAUUCACAGAUUACUGCAUCCUCAGAAUUUAAUGGAAAUCAUGCUGCUACGCAAGGCAGGUUGAACUUCCUAGCCGUCCCAGGUAAAGCAGGAAGCUGGUCAGCUCGCACAAAUGACGUCAAUCAAUGGAUACAAGUAAAACUUCCCGGAUACACAAAGAUAACUCAGUUCGCCACACAGGGAAGAAAUGCAUUCAACCAGUGGGUAACGAAGUACAAGUUAGAGUACAGCGAGGACGGUGUGACGUUUCAUUAUUACCAUGAACCAGGCCAGAGUGCAGCUAAGGUACUUUGACACGGUUACAACGUUAAAAAAGUAUAAACAACCUUUACCGCGAUGCCCUAAAAUUGAUAAUAUACGCUCUAGAAGCCAUGUGGAGGCAGCGAGGGGCUUCUGUAAAGCGUUUUCCCGACGCGUCAGUCUUCGCGAUGUCUACUUAAAUUUGAACAAAUCAAAAUUUUACCGAAUCCCUCUGUCCUUUCACAAAACAAACUUACUAACUAAAGUUUAGAAACGGAUAUACCCCUUAAAAGUUGGCAGGGAUUUUGACAAUUGGAGAUUGUUUACUGAGGAUAUAACAUGUAUCAUAAUAGUCUUACCUGUGUUGGAACUUAUCUCCUAUUCGUCUACUUAAAUUUGAACAAAUCAAAAUUUUACCGAAUCCCUCUGUCCUUUCACAAAACAAACUUACUAACUAACGUUUAGAAACGGAUAUACCCCUUAAAAGUUGGCAGGGAUUUUGACAAUUGGAGAUUGUUUACUGAGGAUAUAACAUGUAUCAUAUUAGUCUUACCUGUGUUGGAACUUAUCUCCUAUUCGUUUCCAUCUUCAGUAAUCAUAUUCUUGGAAAGGCAUGUAGGCACGCGACCGCUUUCUUAAUUAACAGGGUUAUUUUUUAUUAAUCCCAUGCAACAACCCCUGGUGGGGACUAAACUCAAAGAGAGGAGAACAAAAGAAAAUGUGAUUGGAGAUAAUCUUGGUAAUAACAUUUUGCGACCAGUGCAGAGAGUUGAUAUUUGUGUUUUAGGUGUUAAUGGAUUAACUCGCUGGAUUUUUUCUUUAUUCAAAGAUAUUUCAUGGAAACACGGAUAGUAACACUAUUGUGACCCAUGAAUUGCUUCCUCCCAUCCAAGCACUGUACAUCAGGCUUCGUCCUACUGCUUGGUUCAAUCAUAUAUCGAUGAGGAUGGAGAUCUACGGAUGUCCAGGUAAUAUUUUGAUCACGCAUAGAGGCUCUACUCUCUAUAAAUUUUCCAUUAAGAAGGAGAUUUAACUAAACAGAUUGAAAUUCUUAAGUUAUUUUCUUUAACUUUCAGCGUAAAUCAGUGUUCUUAUUACAAAGCUUUCGUCUCUUUUUAUUUUGAAUUAUUACAGCAUGCGCUAAACCACUUGGUAUGGAGAGUGGCGCUAUCUUGGAUGCACAGAUUACUGCAUCCUCAGAAUUUAAUGGAAAUCAUGCUGCUACGCAAGGCAGGUUGAACUUCCUAGCGGUCCCAGGUAAAGCAGGAAGCUGGUCAGCUCGCACAAAUGACGUCAAUCAAUGGAUACAAGUAAAACUUCCCGGAUACACAAAAAUAACCCGGUUUGCGACGCAAGGAAGAAAUGCAUUCAACCAGUGGGUAACGAAGUACAAGUUAGAGUACAGCGAGGACGGUGUGACUUUUCAUUAUUACCAUGAAGCAGGCCAGAGCGCAGCUAAGGUACUAUGACAUUCUUACAACGUCAUAAAAAUACAGACAACCUUUAGAUCGACUCACUAAAAUCAAUAACAUGCACUCUAGAAGCCACGCGGAGGUAACGAGAGGCUUCUUUAAAGCGUUUUACUAACGCGUCAGUCCUCAUGAUGUCUACUGAAAUGUGAACAAAGUAAGAUUCUACUGAAUCUAUGUGUCCUUUCAAAAAACACAAACUUACUAAGAGAGGAGAACAAAAGAAAAUGUUAUUGGAGAUAAUCUUGGUAAUAACAUUUUGCGACCGGUGAAGAGAGUUGAUAUUUUCGUCUAAGGUGUUAAUCGAUUAACUCGCUGGAUUUUUUCUUUAUUUAAAGAUAUUUCGUGGAAACACGGAUAGUAACACUAUUGUGACCCAUGAAUUGCUUCCUCCCAUCCAAGCACUGUACAUCAGGCUUCGUCCUACUUCUUGGUUCAAUCAUAUAUCAAUGAGGAUGGAGAUCUACGGAUGUCCAGGUAAAAUUUUGAUCACGCAUAGGGGCCUUACUCUCAAUAUAUUUUCCAUAUAGGAGGAGCUUUAACUAAAUAGAGUGAAAUUCUUAAGAUAUUUUUUAAAUUUUCAACAUAAAUGGGUGUUCUUAUUACAAAGCUUUCGUCUCCAUUUAUUUUGAAUUAUUACAGCAUGCACUAAACCACUUGGUAUGGAGAGUGGCGCCAUCUUGGAUGCGCAGAUUACUGCAUCCUCAGAAUUUGAUGGAAAUCAUGCUGCUACGCAAGGCAGGUUGAACUUCCUAGCGGUCCCAGGCAAAGCAGGAAGCUGGUCAGCUCGCACAAAUGACGCCAAUCAAUGGAUACAAGUAAAACUUCCCGGAUAUACAAAGAUAACCCGGUUUGCGACGCAAGGAAGAAAUGCAUUCAACCAGUGGGUAACGAAGUACAAGUUAGAGUACAGCGAGGACGGUGUGACGUUUCAUUAUUACCAUGAACCAGGCCAGAGUGUAGCUAAGGUACUAUAACAUGUUUACAAACUUUACAGCAGCGACUUACUAAAUCAAUAAUAUGCGCUCUAGAAGCCACGCGGAGGCAACGAGAGGCUUCUUUAAAGCGUUUUACUAACGCGUCAGUCCUCGUGAUGUCUACUUAAAUGUGAACAAAGCGAGAUUUUACCGAAUCCCUCUGUCCUUUCAAAAAACACAAACUUACAAAGUAACGUUUUGAGACGGAUAUACCGCUUAAAAGUUGGCAGGGAUUUUGACAUUUGCAGAUUAUUUACUGAGAAUAUUUCUUAUAUGAUAAUUAUCUUAACUGUGUUAGAGCUUAUUUCCGAUUCGUUUCCAUUCCUAGUAGUUAUAUUCUUGCAAGGGCAUGUGAGCACGCGACCUAUUUCUUAAUUAAGAGGGUGAUCUUUCACAAAUCCCAUCCAACAACCCCUGGUGAGGACUAAACUCAAAGAGAGGAGAACAAAAGAAAAUGUGAUUGGAGAUAAUCUUGGUAAUAACAUUUUGCGACCAGUGCAGAGAGUUGAUAUUUUUGUUUUAGGUGUUAAUGGAUUAACUCGCUGGAUUUUUUCUUUAUUCAAAGAUAUUUCAUGGAAACACGGAUAGUAACACUAUUGUGACCCAUGAAUUGCUUCCUCCCAUCCAAGUACUCUACAUUAGGCUUCGUCCUACUGCUUGGUUCAAUCAUAUAUCAAUGAGAAUGGAGCUCUACGGUUGUGAAGGUACUUCAAGUUAAACCUUGUAACUCUAGUAAUCUUUUUAUCACUUGUACAUUGUAUACAGUAAUUUUCAAUUGAGUGACGUACGGAAUUAAGAAUUGCUCGGGUUUUUGCUUCCAUGAAACGUCGCUGGUUGAUUACUCCUGAAAACUUGUACGCUUACUCUGUUGAUCAGAUUUAAAACUGAAAAACCAAUCGCGACCUACUUGCUCGUAUCUUCCUGCGUUUGAAGCAGUUUGCUUGUUUUAUUUUUAGUUCUCAUAAGUUAAUGGCUAUGCCAAACUUAGCUCUGAGUGGCUGUUGCAAUUAAUUCGGUUUUAGAUUUUCGUCACUCAGUUAAAAACUGUUUCGACCACUAAGAUCAGUAACUCAUUUACCCGAAUUGGAAAAGCAAAUUAUAAUGCUAUAACAUGACAAAGGCCGCAGCUAAAGCCAUCUAAUGAGAAAGUCUGUUCAUCCCCUUGUCUGUUGGUUGAAGAUAGCGUUAGUAGUAAUGAAAAGUUACAUUUUGAACGGUGCUUAAAAUCGCUGCUAUAAAUCGAAGAUGAUCAAGUGAGACAUCCUGCAUGGGCCAGUUUUGCAGAGAAGACAUGAAGACUGUGGUUCAUCCAUGCUUCCUUGUCAAAAGGAUUAUCUUCCCGCGCUAAUAAACCUAAUUUCGGUCGCCAUGGAGUUUGGAGAAACUUAAAAAACUUUUGUUAAUUGCCUUAUUUUGUUUUAUUCACAGCUUAAAAGCUCUUCAUUUGGACGCUGACACAGACAAUCUGCUCUGACAGCAGCCCCGUACUUGUCACCAUAUUUUUAUGUAUUAAUUUCUACUCGCAUCGAUGGCAAUGUAUUUCAUGGCAGCAAUACAGUUUCUUAAUAAAAUGAUGCUUUACCCCAGC